AUGACCUACUCCAUGACCUACUACCUGACCAACUACACGACCUACUACAUGACCUACUACAUGACCUACUACAUGACCUACUACAUGACCUACUACAUGACCUACUACAUGACUUACUACAUGACCUACUACAUGACUUACUACAUGACUUACUACAUGACCUACUACAUGACCUACUACACGACCUACUAUAUGACCUACUACAUGACCUUCUACAUGACCUUCUACAUGACCUACUACAUGACCUACUACAUGACCUUCUACAUGACCUACUACAUGACUUACUACAUGACCUUCUACAUGACCUACUACAUGACUUACUACAUGACCUUCUACAUGACCUACUACAUGACCUACUACAUGACUUACUACAUGACCUACUACAUGACCUACUACAUGACCUACUACAUGACCUACUACAUGACCUACUACAUGACCUACUACAUGACCUACUACAUGACCUACUACAUGACUUACUACAUGACCUACUACAUGACUUACUACAUGACCUACUACAUGAUCUACUACAUGACCUACUACAUGACUUCAGCUGCAGUUCCCAACACCUACGUGUUGAGGAUAACCGUCCUCCUACGAACAUAA